ACACUCACACAACCUCAAAACAAUGGCUUCUUCUAUUUUCAUGAAAACCCCAUCUUCAGUCUCAUUCCUAUCAUCAUCAAUUUUUUCAAUUCCAUCAAUCCAAACACCUUCUUCUUCUUCUUCAUCUUCACUUUUCAUCAAACCCCCCAAAUUCCAAACAAUUCGUUCCAACUUAGCCACACUCCCAAUCUUGUCUUUUGACGGAACUAAGGUUGGUGAGACCACAUUAAACCUUAAAUCAGCAAAACCAGAUACCGCGAGAGCUGUUGUCCACCGUGGCAUUACCACGGACUUGAACAACAAGCGUCGCGGUACUGCUUCAACUCUCACGCGCGCUGAGGUGCGUGGAGGUGGGAAAAAGCCUUUCCCACAAAAGAAAUUAGGCCGGGCGCGACGUGGGUCCCAAAGGACCCCAUUGCGCCCGGGUGGUGGGGUUGUUUUUGGACCCAAACCACGUGAUUGGUCAGUUAAGAUUAAUAAAAAAGAAAAGCGUUUAGCGAUUAGUACCGCGUUAGCUAGCGCUGCUGUUAAUGGGAUUGUGGUUGAGGAAUUUGGGGAUAAGUUUGAGAAACCGAAAACUAAGGAGUUUAUUGAGGUUUUGAAACGAUGGGGGAUUGAUCCUAGGGAGAAAUCAAUGUUUUUUAUGACGGAAAUUGAUGAUAAUGUGGUUCUUUCGAGUAGGAAUAUUGGGACUUUGAAAAUGUUGACACCUAGGACUUUGAAUUUGUUUGAUAUUUUGAAUGCGGAUAAGUUGGUGUUUACGCAAGCCGGGUUGGAUUAUUUGAAUGAUGCUUAUGGAUAUGAUGAUGGGGAGGAUGAUGAUGAAGAGGAUUAUGAAGUAGUAGCCGAGGAAGGAACCGAGACAGAGGAGAUCGUGUUGCCACCCACCGAUGCUUGAAGCCCACUUUGUUAUCUCAUUGAACAAUGAUUCGUUUUGGGUAACUAGUUAUUGACAUUCUCUUGUAGUUGCAUCAUGUUUCAGUUCUGUAAAUCAAGUUUUUUGUAGCAAUAUGUAAGAUUGAAGUGGAUUUUUAUAUGAGGCAUUAAGGUGUUGUAUCUGUACUUCCUUGAAA